AUGCCCCCCUCUGCUUCAAAACAAAAGCGCCUUGCAGAAAAGGCUGCAAAGCAGGCAGCCAAAGGAAAAUUUGGAACUGAUGCGUCCACCUCGACGACCACACCCUCAGGCUCCGUUAAUGGCAGCUCUGUGUCCACCCCUCUGACCAGCUUGUCGGCAGCAACCAGCCAGGAAGACCUCACAUCGAUGGCGAAGCUGCAACUUGCAACGGACCGGAGUGCGGCAGGCGUGCUCGUUUCCGAUCCCAAGGGCCGCGACAUCAAGUUCGAUUCUUACACCCUGUCAUUCCACGGACGUCUGCUCAUCGAAGGUGCGGAGGUGUCGCUGAACUAUGGUCAACGGUACGGCUUGCUGGGAGAUAACGGUUCGGGAAAGUCAACAUUCUUGCAAUCAAUUGCUGAACGAGACAUCGAGAUUCCUGAUCACAUUGAUAUUUACCUUGUCCGAGGCGAGGCAGAACCUUCGGAUGUGAACGCCGUCGACUACAUUGUCAAAUCUGCUAAGGAGAAGGUCGCUCGGCUUGAGCAGCGAAUCGAGGAUCUCUCUGUCGCUGACGAAAUUGAUGAGGCUGCCCUUGAAGCGACAUACGAAGAGCUGGAGGAAAUGGAUCCAAACACGUUCGAGGCCAAAGCCGGCAGUAUCUUGCAUGGUCUUGGAUUUAGCCAACAGAUGAUGCAGCGCCCCACGAAGGAUAUGAGUGGUGGCUGGCGAAUGCGCGUCGCCCUUGCUCGUGCACUUUUCGUUAAGCCCCACCUGCUGCUGUUGGAUGAGCCGACUAACCAUCUUGAUCUCGAGGCCGUUGUGUGGCUGGAGGCGUACUUGUCUAUGUACAAUCACAUCCUGGUGAUCACGUCGCACUCGCAGGAUUUCAUGGACACUGUGUGCACGAAUAUCAUGGAUCUGACGAUGAAGAAAAAGCUCGUCUACUAUGGUGGAAAUUACUCCACCUACGUGCGAACAAAACAGGAAAACGAAGUCAACCAGAUGAAGGCGUACCAGAAGCAGCAAGAUGAAAUCGCGCACAUCAAGAAAUUUAUCGCAUCGGCGGGAACAUACGCGAACUUGGUCAAGCAAGCGAAAUCUAAGCAGAAGAUCAUCGACAAGAUGGAGGCUGCCGGUCUGAUUGAGAAGAUCGAGGUGCCCAGGCCUUUACGCUUCAACUUUGAGGAUAUAUCAAAGCUUCCCCCUCCCAUCCUUGCCUUCAACGAUGUCGCGUUUUCGUAUUCUGGGAGGAAAGAAGAUUAUUUGUAUCAGAACCUGUCGUUCGGUAUCGAUAUGGAGUCGCGGGUGGCUAUCGUCGGCCAGAACGGUACAGGAAAAUCGACGCUUCUGAACCUCAUUACCGGUGCUCUGCAGCCCUGCGAAGGAACAGUCUCGCGACACGUAAACCUCAAACUCGCCAAAUACUCUCAACAUUCUGCGGAUCAGCUCCCGUACCAAAAGGCGCCAAUAGAACACUUCCAGUCCCUGUAUGCAGAGAAGUAUCCGGACAAGGAUCUCCAGGCAUGGCGUGCGCAAUUAGGUCGUUUCGGUCUCUCGGGCUCACACCAAACUUCGCCGAUCAAGCAGUUAUCAGACGGUCUGCGGAAUCGUGUUGUGUUUGCCCAGCUUGCCAUGGAGCACCCACAUAUCCUGUUGCUUGACGAGCCGACGAACCACUUGGACAUGGCCUCGAUCGAUGCCUUGGCACGGGCGAUUAAAGAGUUUGAGGGGGGUGUAGUGAUUGUGUCUCACGACUUCCGUUUAAUUUCCCAAGUCGCCGACGAACUGUGGGAAGUGAAAAGCCGCAAGAUUAAGAAUCUGACGAAAGAAGAUAUCACCAUUGUGGACUACAAGAACCUUUUAGUCAAGCACAGUUACGCCGCGCUUGAGAAGGCGAAGCUGUUUAGCAAGACCACGACCAAGAGUAAGACUUAA